UCGCCAUGGCGCACAUCACUAUCAACCAGUACCUGCAGCAGGUCUAUGAAGCAAUUGACACCAGAGAUGGGGAGUCCUGUGCGGAGCUGGUGUCUUUCAAGCAUCCUCAUGUUGCCAACCCACGGCUUCAGUUGGCCUCUCCAGAAGAGAAGUGUCAACAAGUUUUGGAACCCCCUUAUGACGAAAUGUUUGCAGCUCAUUUAAGGUGCACUUACGCGGUGGGGAACCAUGACUUCAUAGAAGCAUACAAAUGCCAGACUGUCAUCGUCCAAUCAUUCCUGCGGGCAUUUCAGGCCCACAAAGAAGAAAACUGGGCUCUGCCUGUCAUGUAUGCAGUAGCACUUGACCUUCGAGUAUUUGCCAAUAAUGCAGAUCAGCAGUUGGUUAAGAAAGGAAAAAGCAAAGUUGGGGACAUGUUGGAAAAGGCAGCUGAAUUGUUGAUGAGCUGUUUCCGCGUCUGUGCCAGUGACACUCGUGCUGGUAUAGAAGAUUCUAAGAAGUGGGGGAUGCUGUUUCUGGUGAAUCAGUUAUUCAAGAUUUACUUUAAGAUCAACAAACUCCAUUUGUGUAAACCUCUCAUCAGAGCCAUCGACAGCUCAAACCUGAAAGAUGAUUAUAGCACAGCACAGAGGGUGACGUACAGGUACUAUGUCGGACGGAAGGCUAUGUUUGAUAGUGACUUUAAGCAAGCCGAGGAGUACCUGACCUUUGCCUUUGAGCACUGUCACCGUUCAAGUCAGAAGAACAAAAGGAUGAUUUUGAUAUAUUUACUUCCAGUAAAAAUGCUAUUGGGUCACAUGCCAACCAUUGAACUUUUGAAAAAGUAUCAUCUCAUGCAGUUUGCUGAAGUAACCAAAGCUGUAAGCGAAGGCAACCUCCUGCUCCUGAACGAGGCUCUCGCCAAGCACGAGACCUUCUUCAUUCGCUGCGGCAUCUUCCUGAUCCUCGAAAAGCUGAAGAUCAUCACCUACAGGAAUCUUUUCAAGAAAGUGUACUUGUUACUCAAAACACACCAGUUAUCUCUAGAUGCUUUUUUAGUUGCCUUGAAAUUCAUGCAUGUGGACGAUGUGGACAUCGAUGAAGUCCAGUGUAUUCUGGCCAACCUGAUCUACAUGGGUCACAUUAAAGGCUACAUAUCACAUCAACAUCAGAAGCUAGUUGUUAGCAAGCAAAACCCAUUUCCUCCACUGUCUACAGUGUGUUGAAUGUAUAAACAGUCCGGAGAAGGAGUAUGUUCCUCUUGUUUUUAUCGUACUGAUGAAAUUCGUCGUCGCUGUGACGUUAUUUUCUACAGCCAGAAUCUCCUGCGGCUCUUUUCCCAGGGAUGUUGAGGCUGAAUUUGCCAGCAUACACAGCCACCUUGACAUUUCCUCUUCACUCAUAACUGAUGUCAAUGUCGUGGACUUGGAAUUCCUUUUUCAAAGGACCCCUCCUUUGGCUCUGGAGUGUUGGUGAAACUUCUGUGAAGGAGGCUCUGUCUCCAAGGCAGCUAUAGUUUACUUCUAGUAAGAAUUAUUCAUAAAUGCAUCUUUAUAACUUUUUAUAUAAUUCUUUCUUAUAAAAAAGGCAUCCUGAAUUUAUACAAAUGGCAUAUUCUUUAUUGUAUCUUCUGGGAAACCAAAUUUUGCUAAGACUUUAAAAUUCACCCCCCCCACACACUGUCUUAUCAUUAGUCUGCAUUAAAUUCGCAUAUUUUUGCCAAGAUCCUUUCAGAGAAGUGGGCCAGUGCAUCUGCAGAUUGGCCAAAAAAAAAAAAAAAAGUGUAAUUCUGGGGUGAAAGUAUAAUGUCAGAAAUGAAGGAGAUACAUAGUGUUUUGAAGAUCUAUAAGACUUAAAAAUGUGAAUUGUGUAUAAAUUUCCUGUAUUUCACUCAAAAA